UACGGGGUUCACUCGACUGACUACACGGCAACGGCAACGGCAGCCAUUUCGACGCUUCUCGACGCUCUUUCACGCUCACGAAUUCACCGGGACACGAGACACGAGGCACGAGGCUCUAUUGCGUUCGUCGCGUUCACAAAUUGUUAUUGUUAUCGUCGUUUAUAAUCAACGUUCUUCUUCAUGAAACACCCCACUUCUCUAUAGCGAUUCGGGCUUUAGACGACUCGGUGUGUGUUAGGUGUCAAGGACAGAUUUGGCCUCCUCGAUGGAUUUUGCACAAUGAUAUGGUGCAGUUAACUUUUCUGCUUCUGCAUUUCAUUGUUCUUCGCUGAUGAGUGGUUUGCUGCUUGGUCAUCUUUGUUCUCAAUCAACUCUUAUCUUUCGUCGUUUUAGCUGAGAAAGAGAGAGAAAGAGAGAGGAAAAGACAGAGUAAAGAAGAAAGAAGUGUCUAAAGUCUAAAAGAUACAAGCGUCGUACGACCUUUGAAAAUGAGUGUCAUAAUCAGACUGCAAAAUCUGGCGUGGUCCGCCAAUGCAUUGGACAUACGCCAAUUUUUCAGAGGCCUGAGUAUCCCGGAGGGAGGAGUUCAUAUUGUCGGCGGUGAAUUGGGAGAUGCGUUUAUCGCAUUCAGCACCGACGAAGAUGCCCGCCAGGCAAUGAUGCACGAUGGCGGCAAGAUCAAGGAGAUGAAGAUCAAGCUGCUAUUGAGCUCGCGCACCGAAAUGCAAAAGGUAAUCGAGGCCGCUCGGCAGCAGACUUUGAGUUUGCAAUGCAUCAUGCAAACCGCGCCGGUAGUGGUACCGCCUGUGGUUUCUACCAAGCAGCCCGGCUCGCCGACGGAUAAAAGGGACAAGGAUAACGACAGCGAGUCCAGCAAGGACCGAAAGGAUAGACGCGACCGAUCGAGAUCGCGGGACCGCUCGCGGUCGCGCGACCGCGACCGUGAUCGCGAUCGGCGCGAUCGGGACCGCGGGAGAGAUCGACGACGACGGGAUCGUAGUAGGUCGCGAGACCGGGAACGCGACAGACGAGACCGGCGUCGUCGCCGGGACCGAUCCAGGUCGCGCGACCGCACGAGGUCGCGUGAUCGCGACUCGAAGAGGAACUCGACGAACGACAGGCGCAAGGAUACUAACGAGGAUGAUAACAGCGAAGUCGUGUGCGUCGGUCAGUUUCACAAGGACAAGGCAUCGACGGCUACAUCGAAGAAACCGCUCGAAAAUGGCAUUUGGGAGGUUCCGCCACAGACGCAGAUGCAGGCCGCUCUGUUGGCGCCGAGCAUUUUGGGCGCAGGCGUUGCCGCUCUGUCUCAGGACUCAGAGACUCAGCGUUCGGCCAUGGCCGCCAGCUUCGGCACCCCGGUGAUGAGCCAGCAGCCGAUGUUGCAAUCUGGACAGUUCUCUAUAAACGGCCUUAACGGCGUUGGCAAUCUCAUGCAGCCGCAUAUACAGACGCUCGGACAUACAGUAGGCAUGACGUCGUUAUCGCAGAAUCUGAACACCGCCACUAGUCUACCCAGUUUGGGCGGUCUCGGAACUCGUCCUAAGGAACCCUGGGGUCAGAACGACCAGGGCAGAAUGGAUCAGACUGGGCGAUUCUCCGGCCGGUCGAAUCAAUUCGGUAGUCAGGAAUACGGAUCUACCGGCAAUUACCGCGGUACCAGGCCAAGCAAUCCCUUCCUGAACAAGGUGCAAGAGCUCGAGGGCCGUCGCAAUCCACACGCGUUUCAGGCUGGCGCCUCCAACUUUGGCAGCUACGACAACGAUCGGCCGACGUCCGGCAGAAAGUCCGGCAACUCGAGAUUCUCCAACGAGAAUAAGAACGGCAGUGGUGGAGGUCAUUGCGUGGAAGUGCGCAACAUGCCGUUGAGCGCGACGUAUGCGGAUCUACGCCACGCGUUCCACGGUAUCUACAUCAGGAAGGACGGCAUGAAGAUAAUCAACGAUAACCACGGUAACCGCGUGGGCAUCGCGUAUAUCAAGUUUGGCAAGGCUGAAGGUAAAGAACUCGCGCUGAGCACGACGAGAUACGUGCGAGGUUCCGAGGUAGAGGUACUCGAUUUGGACGAGAGUAUCUUCGAUAAAGCGGUGAAUUCUUACUCGCCCGAAAGUAGGGAGGACGGCACCGACGGCGACGUUAGAAACUCUAUGUGCAUCCUGCUGACCGAUCUGCCGUCCUUCACCAAGGAGAUGGACAUAGCCAAGCUGUUCCACGACUGGAAAAUCAACGAUCUCUUCAUCACCAAUAGCAAGGAAACCGGCACCACUCAGUAUAUGGCUUACGUACAAUUCGCGCGACUCGAGGACGCCAAGUCGUCGCUGAGUACGCCGCUCAAGAUCGGUAGCAAGCAAGUGACCGCGACCGCGAUCAGCGAGGACAAGUUCGCGCAGGCGAAGCGCGAGCACGAGCAAGUGAGCAUGCACCAAACGGAUUGUAUUCUUAUGCGCGGCUUGCCAUUCCAGACAAUCGACCGCGACAUCUUCGACUUCUUCUCGGACAUCGGCAUUGUCCCGCUCUGCAUUCACAUGAUGCUCAAUCAGCAGGGCAAACCGGCCGGCGAAUGUUUCUGCGAGUUUGACUCACCUGAGAAGGCGGAACGCGCGAUCGCCAAGAAUGGCCUGCCGCUUGGCAAAAACAUCCCCACUAUCGAGCUGGUACCACGCGUCAAGAUGCUCGAAACCCUCGGUAUGAUGGAAGCGCAACAGCAAACGCAGCAGCAGCAUUUCCCGAUGCAGGAACAACACGGUCAGAGGCCGCCGCGCUUCUCCGGCCCGAUAGGUCAUAUGUUACGUUUCGGCAGCACCGGAUUUGGGCCCCGUUGUCCGCCCGGCGGCCUAAUGGGUAUGCCGCGUCACAUGGGUAUGGGCCGUCAUCCACCGUCCAUGGACUACGUCGAGGGUUUCGGUAAACCUGGCUGCGUGUUAUCACUCGAGAACGUGCCGUUCAAGGCGGACAUCAACGAGAUUAUCGAGUUCUUCGGUGAUUUUGAUGUGAAACGAGAAAACGUGAUUCGUCGCUACAACGAGAGGGGCAUGCCGACGGGGGAUGCGCGCGUGGCCUUCUCGUCGCCCAGUGAGGCACAGCGAGCGCUCAAGGAACUUAAGCAUUGCAAGAUGCGGGAGCGUACCAUAUACAUGAAAGUGGCGUGAGAUCUAUCAUUCCGCCAUGGAGUGGCUGAUGACAGCACGUGAAAGGACACCGUCACCGUUGCGACUAUAUCCGUUGCGGCCGAAUUGAAUAUAUUCAUACGAAGCCCUUUGUGCGCGGACGAACGAACGCAAUAUCCAAUAGAACGUCUUCUGAGAAUUAACAUAAGAGUCGGUUUUAUACGAGAGAAUCCUUGCCAAUAAGUGCUCAAUAAGGAUAAAGGUACUUCGGGAGAUGUACAAUGGAAUGUCUUCUUUGUGCAAAAGACUGUACUUCCUUGUUAAAUUUGCGCCGAUCUACGUGUACAUAGAAUGCAUAAACUUAAGGACAAUUUUCUUUAUUCAUCCAUUCAUAUCGCGAUAUGCCAUACCGCCCGAAUUGUUUCUGCCUAUCGUAAUUAGAGGCAUUUAACCCAUUACUCACUAUUGUGUAUUAAGGACUUACGUACGUUUAAAACACGAUCGCAUACACGUGUCUUGGAUGAAAAUGUAUUCACCGCUGACAUUGGAAAUAUAAAUUGAUCAUACGAUUACCAGGGAGUAUGGACGAAUGUACAUUAUAUAAAUGUAAAGAAUUUCAUUAUCUUAUUUUUAAUAUCACUGCAAUACCAAAUAAUGUUAAGUUAUAAGAACGAAAGAAGCUGGAAGCAGAGUACAAAGUUAGAGAUUUAAAUGAUUGCGUUUGCUUUACGUUUGCUGACAUGGACUAAUAUUAUAAAACUCGAAGAACCUGCAGUUCGGUGACGAUGAAGGAGGCUAUCUUUAUGAAAAACGAGUACAUGUGUUGUAUAUAUAUAUAUGUAAGGUAUAUUGUUACAUAUCUUACAUAAUGUCUGUGUACAUAUAUUCAUGAUAAGUAAUACAUUACAUGAUUACAUGUAUAUAAAUGUAGAGAUCACGCACUAUAAUCUUAUGCGCAAUCGUACAUGUACAUCUAUCGCGACUAAACUUGUGUAAAAUAACGAACAAUACCAAUAAGUUUAUAGAUGCGCACGAUUACACAUUGUCAUAAACUUGUGUUACGAUGAUAACGAACACUUGAAGACUUCAAUAAAUUUUUAUUCAAAUCUG